AUGAAGCCUCGGUGGUUGCCGCUACUCCUGACCAUAUUCUCUUUCCACAACUUAGUAUCAUUAGUAGCUGCAAAGGAACUCGUAUAUGUUCAAGCGAUCUGGCGGCAUGGUGACCGAGCGCCACUCAAACUACCCUAUCCCAAAGACCCUUACACAGAAAGCGCAUGGCAACGAGGAUGGGCACAGCUAACUAACAUUGGCAUGAAUCAGCUUAACGAACUCGGCAACUAUUUCCGAAACACCUACAACUUUUUCGUUUCUACUGUCUACAAUCCAAGUGAAGUGUACAUACGAUCAUCGGAUUCGGAUCGAGCGCUGACAUCUGCACAAGCGUUCAUAUCCGGCUUCUACCCAGCCAAUGGCACUUUCGAAUGGCGAUCAGGAGAAACAUGGCAGCCGAUUCCAAUCCACGCAACUACGCCAAACGAGCCAGAUCUUCUGGUAAAGCCGACAGGUACACCGUGCAAGAAGUAUGACGACUUGGUUGCGGCUGAGGACAAUGAUCAGGCAAAAGUGUAUAACGCACAGUAUUCGGAGAUGUUCCAAGUGCUUGGAGAACAAACUGGAAUCGCUAAUUUCUCUUAUCAAAAUAUCAACAAGAUUUAUGAUAUUCAACGAGAAUUACUUCAUGGGAUGACAGAGAAACAGCCGUCAUGGGUGUUCAAAUACUGGCCACAAUACAACAAUCGAAGUACUAUGGACAUCGUUACUGAACUGCGUACGAUACGCAUGAUCACCAAAUUCAACUCCACUGAGAAAGCCAAUGUACGGAUCUACUUUUUCAUUCACUAUCUCUAG